ACAGGAGCAAUCAAUCACUGCGCUCGUGUUGGCGCUGUUAUCUUCAAUAUAAGGCGCUCGGCAGUUCUCACGCGCCCUGCGUACCCUCCACCCAGCUUUGCGGUUAUGCGCCCUUUUCUCGAAAUAGUGGUACGCCUCGUCCCCGCAUGCAUGGUCGUAGGGGCAAGCAUGGAACUGUUCAUGCUUAAUACUGGCUUUUAUGAUGUGGCCUUGCGGAAAGAGGCCGAACGCCGGGUUGAGCAAGCACGCGAGCGAGAAGAGUUGAGUCGAAAGAUGGAAAGCACCAAGCGUAGGCAGCUUGAAUGAGGUUGUGAAGAGUGAAGGGUUUGCUCUUUUAGAGGCGUGUACAAAAAUAAUGUACUUACCUGUCUUGCACGCAAGUACCUGCAAAAAAUGGGAAAGUAAAUAUACAUACAGA